AUGAAGACCUCUCCCCUUGUGGCCGCGGCCCUCCUCGGAGGCGCCAAUGCCCAUGCCCACCGCCGCGCGCACGACCUCUUCAACAAGAGGGCCAACGACACCGAGGUCUGCGUUCCCGGCUGCACUACUUAUUACACGACCGUCACCGGCACCGACUUCAUCUGGCAGCCAACUCCCAAUGCCCCGGCCAAGACCACCAGCAGCGCCGUCAUCACGCCUCCCUCUGAGGCCGUGACCCCGACCACGUCUGCUGCCACUGCCCCGGUGGCUUCCACCCCUGCCGUGGUUCCCACGCCUAUUGCCCAGACGGUCCCUACGCCCGGAACGUACACAUUCCCGGCCACGACCAUGACCGUGACUGAGACCACCUCCACCGUGGUCCCAUCCACGACUGAGGUCCCUCCUGGAACCCACACGCUCGGAGGUGUCACUACCAUCGUGGAGACUGCCACAACGGUUGUCUGCCCCUACGCUUCUGUCUCGACCCAGAGCGGAGGAGUCGUCACCAGCCUGCUCCAGACCACUACCUACGUCUGCCCAUCCGCUGGCACCUACACGAUCGCUCCUACGACCGUCACUGUCACUGCUCCCACUGAGACCGUGACCGUCCCUGUCGUGACGACCUACUUGCCUGGCACUUACACCGCCCCGGCUGUCACGACCGAGGUCACCACUGAGACCGUUGUCUACUGCCCCUUCGAGGGCGUCGAGCCCACAGCUGCCACGACCUCCAGCGCUCUCGUUGUCCCCAGCGCUUCAAGCGUUGUUAUCCCCCCCGUUUCCAGCGCUGUCAUUCCUCCCGUCUCUAGCAUCGUGCCGCCGGCCUCCUCCCAGGCUCCCGCCCCGACCACCUCUUCGUCUACUCUCGUCCCCGUGGUUCCCUCGGCUUCUUCCUCCUCUUCCUCGACCGCCGCUUCCUCCACGCCCACUGGAAACCUCGGUGGCGGUGGUGGCCUGUGGGCUAUGACCUACACGCCUUACGAUGCCGACAGUGGCGAGUGCAAGACUGCUGAUGUCGUCGACGCCGAUGUCUCCUCCAUCGCCGCCUCCGGCUUCACGACACUCCGCGUGUACUCCACCGACUGUGACACCCUGCCGCUCGUUGGUGAGGCCUGUUCCAAGUACGGCGUGAAGAUGAUCGUCGGUAUCUUCAUCAGCGAGUACGGUUGCUCCAACGGCUCCCCCGAUGUCGACACUCAGAUCUCCGCCCUCAAGGAGUGGGGCCAGUGGGAUCUCGUUGAGCUCAUGGCUGUCGGAAACGAGGCUCUGUACAACGGCUACUGCACUGCCCAGGAGCUGGUCGACCUCAUCUCCCACGUCAAGGGCGAGCUGACCGACUACACUGGUCCCUACACGACCACCGAUAUCGUUGGUGCUUGGCAGCAGGAGGACGUUCAGUCCCUUGUGUGUGAGGCCAUCGAUGUUGUGGCCGCCAACGUCCACUCCUACUUCAACGCCGAUGUCCUGCCCGUCGACGCCGGCAAGUUCGUCAAGAGCCAGAUGGAGAUUGUCGAGAAGGCCUGCGGUGGCAAGCCCGGUUACGUCCUCGAGUGCGGAUACCCAACCGCCGGCAACACCAACGGUGUCAACGUGCCGUCCGUCCUCAACCAGCAGACCGCCAUCGCCAGCAUCAAGGAGACCAUGGGCGACAAGGUUGUCUUCUUCUCCAUGUUCGACGACAAGUGGAAGGACGACGGCGCCUGCAACUGCGAGAAGCACUGGGGCGUUGGCAACCUCUUCGGAGCUCUUGGCCUGGGCAACGGGAACUAA